AGCUGGUGAGAGAAAAGGAAGCCGGACAGCGAGCGAGGCAGAGCGCGGCGCAGAGACAGAGACAGCGAGCUGUUUGCUACCUAAGUGCAGCUCGCACGCGAGGAGGGGCCGCCAAUUCUCCGCGGAUUUCUGAUCCUCUCACCGCUGCCCCACCGACCUCGGUCUUUCCUUUAAUUACCAUGGCAACUGCGCCUCCCCCCCCCACCGGAAAUAAGAUUCAGAGCACCUCCCCAAACAGUCCGGGUAGAAAUCUAGGAAGGUGAAUCAGGAGAGGACAGAGUCGGCUGUGCCGCUCGUCUGUCGGGGUCUGGAAUGACCAGAGCGGAGAGAGGGUCCUGGGGUGCACUGUCAAGGGAAAAUGAAGUCCUAGGUCCUUAAUUAGACUCUCCUCCCCUUUCCCCCAUACACUCGGAUCUCUUGGAGGGGGGAGCGUGUUUCCAGCGGGCCACCUUGCGUGUGACACCGCGUCUGGCGGCCGCAGGCCCGCGCUUUUCAGACUCCGGCGUUUCCCUACGAAGGGUUUCUGCUUUAGGAAGAAGGGGGCUCGGUUCCUUUAAACUCGCGGUGGUGCUUUCCUGAGUGUCGAAAUGCCUGUUAAGAGAUCGCUGAAAUUGGAUCAUCUGUUAGAAGCAAAUUCAUUCGAUUCUUCAAAAAUCACAAGGAAGAAAAGUAUUAUAACUUACUCUCCAACAACUGGAACUUGUCAAAUGAGCCCAUUUGCUUCUCCUGCAAGCUCUAUAGAACAAGAGCACAAAAAUGAACCAUCAAAUGGAAAGAGGAAAAAAUUGAGUCACCUCAGUUUAACCAAAAGGAAGAAAUCUACAACAAAGGACAAUGAUGAAUUCAUGGUGUUGCUAGUUAAAGUUGAGAAAUCAUCAGAAGAAAUAAUGGAAAUAAUGCAAAAUUUAAGCAGUCUACAGGCUUUGGAGGGCAGUAGAGAGCUUGAAAAUCUCCUUGGUGUCUCACAUGCAUCAUGUUUCUUACAAAGAGAAAUGCAGAAAAUGAAAGAACUAAGAUUGUAUCAUCUUGACAGCUAUGAAUUCCUUAAGGGCAUUUUAAACUAAGGCAUUUAAAAGAAAUGCACUUACUAUGAACACCAACUUCUGCAUCUGCCUGAUCAUAUUUAAAGGAACAGAAGAAAUGUUUGUAAUUAAUCUGCCCAGUAAAUACCAGAUCAUAGCACUAGGCAGGUGCGGGUCUAGAUAAAAUUUCUUGCAGCUAAUUUAAACUUUCUACACACACCAGUAGAUAAUCUCAAUGUAAAUAAUACAUUUCUUCUUGACCCUUUAAUGUAAGCCAACAUGUAGACGAGGAUAUUAACUUCUAUUCUCUAUCACAUACCCUUCUGUAGACUUUUAGCAUUUGUGGAUAGGGGUUUUGGGUUUUUGUUUUGUUUUGUUUUGUUUGUUUGUAGUUGAUCGUGGAUAGAUUUUUAAAGCAUUUAUGAAAAUAGCACUUUAAUAAAACUGUGUUUUAAAACUCAGAUUAAAUUUAAUGGCAAGUGGAAUUAGGUAUCAUUUUUCCAAUGAUUUUCCAAGCCCCAAAUGCCUAUUAGAUUCUUUUUAAACUUUUAAAUUUUUUCUAGAAGUUUAUUGCGUAGCCACUAUCUCAGGGGUGAGUUUUUAUCCUCUAAGUUAUUUCUACGCUUAUACCAAAGAACUGUUUUCCAAGUUUUAAAACUUUCACACCUCCUUUUAUAAAAUUGUGGAAUGUAUUUUUCAGUACAAGUUGUUCUUAAACUGAACUGCAGACUCUACUGAAUUUAAAGAAGAGAUCUUUUUAUGGGGGAUGUAAUCACCUCCAAAUUAUUUUGAAGCAUUAAUUUCAAUUUCUGUUUUUCUGUGGUGUUAUUUUGUAUCAUCCUCGUACUAUCACAAAAUAAAGGGGAAGUAGGAAUCACAGGGUGUGUUACAAAUUGAUAACUUUUUUUUAAGACCUCUGUAUUUUUUUUUUGACCAUUUCUACAGGGAAAAAAAAUGCUACUCCCUUGGUACUUGCCAUAAGUCUUGACAAAAUUUGUACAUUAUUGUAUCAUGUAAAUAAAAAUACUAUAUGAAGAUCUGAAACAAAAUUUAAGUUUGAAAAUAACUGAUUUUCCAUUUAGAGAAAUUUCAGGUUUACCUCUUACCUCUUAAAAUGAGUUUUUAAAAACUAUUAAAUGACAUGGAUAGUAAAUAGUAACCCAAGUAACUACUAAACCUAAUUCCCUUCAGUAAUGAUUUUAUUGGUACUAUUUAAAUAAGAUUUUAAAGAUAAUCAGUCUGCUAAAUAUUAAGAGCACUUUGUGAAACAGUCCUAACAGGACCACCUAUUACCUAAGUAUACCAAAAAGGAUAAUUCCUUUGUGUUCUAGCAUUGCAAACUAACCUUAGGAUAUAAGCCAAAGCAUAUAAAGAAACUUAUAUUAGUCAGGAAAUAAAGGGUUAAGAAGUAGAUUGGUUGCAUAUGUAAUCCAAGUUAUGUAGGUAUGUGCUUAAUGCUAUUAAGUCAGUUACUGUAUGUUUGACCUCGAUACACUAAGCUUUUGCCUUUCAGAACAGCUGGGUCUGCUAAGAAUCAUUUCCCAGUUCUCUUCAUUGUAGAUCAGAUGACUCUCGCUUUAUCACCCUUGGAGGCCACAUGAAGGACAAAGCAGAAAGAUCCACAGACAAAACUAAUGUUUAUAUGGGGGGGGAGGAGGGUGCGUCAUGGAGGAAGGCGGGGGAUACACUUGGCCCUGAUCUUCCAAUGAACAUAACAGAAGAGAGACCAAUUGAGACUUGAAACCUCUGUGUUACUCCAACCAUUAUUUAGUUACAUCCUAUCCAUCUUUUACUCCUUCUGUUGAACAGAGAGGCUCCUUUGGCUGCCUUGACUUUUGUAAAUGUUUCAUUCACUUAGUUGUGGUUUAUCAUUUGGACAGAAUGCUACAUCUAGGAUUUUUCUCCCCUCCUUAACGCCUCAAGGGAAAAUGGCUUCUGUUUGCUUCAUAUUUGAUACAUGAACAUACACCCUGUUCUCUUCAUUUUAAGAAGCAAGCCUAAGUUUAUUGGUAACAGAGAAUACUAUUUUUCAGACACAGUCCUUCCCUUUAAAAUAAACUUGAACAUAACUUAGAAGGGUUCAUUUCCUAACAGGUAUAUUGGUGAAGUAACUGAAAAAUCUUCAGCAUGUUCGCAUUACUUAAAUAUAUCAAAACAUCCCAAUAACCCUGAGUAGAGCUGAGAAAAGUACUUUGGAAUUGCCUAUUUCUGUGAUCAUAAUUCAUCAAUGGACAUUUUUGGUAUUCUGGAACCUAAUCCUUCGAAGUUCAAAGUGGACUCUUCUUAAAUUGGUUUCUAAUGGAUAUAAGAGAUACUUGACUUAUAAUUGCUGCACAUCUCCAUAAAAGCUACAAAGUUACUUGAUAUGAUUAAAUUAUGUAAACUAUUAUCUAAAUUAUCUAAAAUGUGUAUUUAGAGGAUUUACCUAUAAGAUACCUUGAAUAUGGGUAUAUUCUAUUUUAUUAAUACUUAUACAAUAUACUUUUAUUUUCAAAUAAUGUUUCUCUGCUCCAGUUAUUUAGAAGUUAGAACUUUCUCAUCACUGAUUUAAAUCAACAUCUUUUGUUAAACCCAUGUAUGCUAUUACAAAAAUAAAAACUAAAAAAAUAGGAGUACACCAGCCAGCCAAGAUGCUGACAUUUGGGCACAGUGAUUAUAGAUGGUGACCAUGGACAGCGAUGUUCCUGCUGAUUCGGCAGUGAUUCAAGGCUGCUUUUCUGUGCUGACCUGCCCUUUGAGUCCUUAUGCACAUUUGCUUUGAGAAAGAAAUACUUCCUGAUUUUUGCUUUGUCUAAACCUACUUCCUUUAUCAGACAUAGAAGCAUAUACCUUCUUUCAGCCUGUCCGUGUCUAGAACCAGAUUUUCUUUGUGUCUAUGUGUUCAGUGUUUUAAAAUACAUCACCACUUAGUCAAGAUACUUUAAUGAAUGGCUUACGAAAGAAAUAUAUUCAUUAAAAACAUAGGUUGAUGUGAAAAUAAUUGUUUUAUUCUUACCACAGAAACUGAAGAAAACACAUCUUUUUUCCCCUGCCCUCCCAAAAGAAUAAUCUUUACAUAAAAAACUAUAACAUAGAUAGGAUAUAUUAUUUUUACCAAUUGAAUAUGAUAGCAGAGAUGAGCUUCUCCUAAUAUAGAAUGAUAUGUUAUUAACAGAGCCAAGUUAACAUGAAACAUGAUAUGAAUCAAUGCUUAUGGAAGUGGUAAUCUUAAACCACUCAAAAAAGAUCAAAAGGAUGAAAUCCUGUAUAAAACUAUUUAACUUGAACAGAAUGAUCCUGGAAGUUUAGAACUAGUGAUCAUGAGUAAUUUAAAAAAAAAAUCACUCAAACCACUUAAAUUCAGUAAAAUUCACCGAUUAAUUACAUUCAAGUAGAUCAGCAUUUUUGAAAUAAGAAUAUGGUCUAAUUUCUCUGCCUUGUUAUAAAGAAAUCAAAUUUACACAUGUAAUAAGGCAUGUUCAAACAUUAAGCCUAUAAAUUGCCUUCUCACAGUAAUUAAAAAGAUCAUCACAAAUUUAAUCCCUGAGAUAUAAUUUGUAAAGAAUGAAAUACACAUUACUUGCAUUCUAAAAUGUAAGGAAAACUAAAUUUAUAUACCAAAAGUAGUGAUUUCCUUUAAAAAGAAGGGCUGGAUUCUUCCAGUAAGCUCACUGGAUUUGCAGAUCUCUUUUUAAGACAACAAACUGUAGUGGUACAUUCCCUGAGUAAACACUGGGAUUAAGGGCCUUUUCCCACUUGGAUAACUAAACAUUAAUAAAACUACAAUAUGUCUUGACCACUCCACAGUUAGAAAAUAAAAGUCUCCACUGGGCUUGGGUCCCCAUAUACAUUUACUUUGUAUAUAGACAACAAUGACUUGUCGCCAUUUUUUCCCUAUAACUUUUGUGAUUCUCAAAAUGAUAAUUUCAUUUAUAUGUAGCAAAAAAGUUCAAAAAAAACUUUCAGCACUGUUAAUAUUUUCAUGUUUAUUUGUGGAAAUAAAGCUAGUUGGUUUUCUUCGGA